AAUACGGAUAACUUUACGCCUGAAAAUUUUGCUAAAAUCAAUAAUAAAUAAUGCUUCCGCCAUUGUGUACUGAAUAUAAUGUUUUCAGCGUUUUGUAAAUAGCCUUAAAUUUAAAUGAAAAUGCAAUUUUAUACUUUAUACAACGAAACACUAAUUCUAUUAUAACAAUGAACGUGUGUUGUAAAUUAAUUAUAGUGCUUCUUUCAAUUAAAUCUGUGCAUCUUUAUUGUGGUCCAUACAAUGGACAAAUUUGUAAGCACUAUUCAACUGGAUUCGUAUGGUACAACCAUACAGGAGGCCUUGAAAACGAAAAGAUCACAACCGGGCUUUGGAAAGAAAUGAUAUCCACCUUGAAAGAACCUUGCCGAAGCAAAGCAGAAAAACUAUUAUGUGCAUAUGCCUUCCCUAAAUGCAUAGUAAGAGAUGGAGAAGGUUAUUUUGCAUUGCCACUUUGUUAUGAAGACUGUAUGGCUGUUAAAAUGCAGUUUUGUUACAACGACUGGAUCGUUAUUGAAGAGCAAAAGCGUCGCGGUGUAUUCUUUGAGUCUAGAGGGCACUUUCGAUUUCCAGAAUGUAAAGACCUCCCAAAAUUAGCUGGUAAAGGUACUCAAGUAACUUGCAACAGUGCCGGUAUUAUAGAUAUGGACUAUAGCCAAGUUACUACAACAUGUAUCCGUGGGAACGGCCGGUACUACCAGGGAAGUAUGAAUGUCACUGAAACUGGUUUAGCUUGCCAGGCUUGGGAGGCACAGCACCCUCACCAACAUACAAGGCCACCAUUGGUUUUCCCUGAAGUCCAAAAUGCAACUAAUCACUGUAGAAAUGCUGGGGGUGAGGAACGGAAGCCCUGGUGUUACACAAUGGAUCCAAAUGUUAGGUGGGAAACUUGCGACAUACCAUCAUGUGCCAAUUUUACUGAAGAAAUGGACAAUAUUAAUGGACCAAUGAUUAUGGAGAAUUAUUUUACACCUAGUUUUGUCUUGCUGCUCUCGGUUGGAGGCCUUGGAUGUAUUUUAGGUAUAGCGUCAGUAGCGCUUUUGUGUCACUAUUUCAUUAAAACCCACUAUUCUCAGUGUAAUGUUUCAAACCGUAGAAACAUGCAAAAUGUUGAUAUUGACUUGGACAAGCUGCCAAGUAACCUGGCCUAUCAUACAACUGGUGCACAACUUAACCCUAAGUUAGAAAAGCUUGAAUUCCCUAGAAACAACAUUAUUUAUAUCAGGGAUUUGGGUCAGGGGGCAUUUGGGAGAGUUUUUCAAGCGAAAGCGCCAGGCUUAGUUCCUGAAGAGGAAUUUACUUUGGUUGCAGUUAAAAUGCUUAAGGAUGAAGCUUCACAUGAUUUACAAUUAGACUUUGAAAGGGAAGCUUGCUUAUUAGCAGAUUUUGAUCAUCCGAAUAUUGUCAAAUUACUAGGUGUAUGUGCUAUAGGACGCCCAAUGUGCCUCUUAUUUGAAUAUAUGGGAAAAGGUGACCUAAAUGAGUACUUACGAGCAAGCAGCACUGCAACUAAUUUUCCACCUGGUGUUGAAAAUAGAGAGGAUUUAAGACUCCUUGUGGGCCCCCUUCAUCAUAUGGACCUCCUUCACAUUGCCAGGCAGAUUGCUUCUGGAAUGGUUUACCUCUCGGAUAGAAAAUUUGUGCAUCGUGAUUUAGCUACUAGGAACUGUCUUAUUAAUGAUGAUAUGGUUGUUAAAAUUGCUGAUUUUGGAUUGUCACAUAAAAUAUAUUUACAAGAUUAUUACAAAGGGGAUGAGCAUGAUGCGAUUCCUGUGCGAUGGAUGCCUUUAGAAAGCAUAUUGUACAAUAAAUAUACAUUAGAAUCGGAUGUAUGGGCAUAUGGAGUGUGCCUCUGGGAAAUAUUUUCUUUUGCAUUACAACCUUACUUUGGUAUGACUCAUGAAGAAGUAGUAAGAUUUUUAAAAGAUGGCAAUGUUCUUGCUUGCCCUGACAAUACACCAAGAUGUGUUUAUGAUUUAAUGAAACAAUGCUGGAACCAUCAUCCCAGUGAUCGUCCAAAUUUUAGAGUUAUAUACCAAACACUUGAUAAUAUACAAAUGAUACUGGAGAGAACUCAUUCUAAUUGAUUUAGUUUCUUUUACUAAAUUAUCGUGAUUGGACAUGAAAGAAAUAUUUUAUCUAUCAUUAUUAUGAUUGUAUACAAGAUAAUUUUUCUUGACUUGCCCUUAUAUGUAAAUAUAAAAAGUCCUAGGUAGUUAUUUCUUUAAAUAUUCUGUACAUGUAAAUGUAAUCUAAGUAUUUAUUGUGUGUGUUAAUUUAGCAGAAACUGAUUCAAUUUAUUGUGUAUCUGUCGACUGUCUUGGUGAUUAAUUAUGUUACAAUAUGACUUUGAAUGCUUAGAACAUGACACAAAUUCAUAGAAUUUAGUUUCAUAACUAUUUUGCACAAUAACAUUUGAUAAGAUUUGUUGCUCAUAACACCAUUCUGGACCAUUGUAUAUUAUUUAUCAAUAUUGUUUUAGAAUCCUUGCUAUUCAGUAUUAAUCAGUGGUAUCAAUAUAACAAGACUGAUUUUGAUUACUAUUGUUUCCUUGUAGGCUAUACUUAUGUUUGUUUAUUUGUAAUUAUGUUUACAUUCUCUGUUUAAAAGUUUAGGCCUUAGUUAAUUGAAUAGUUGAAUUACCCGUUCUCACUGUACUGUAAAUAAUCAUUUAAUUUUUUUUUUCAUAAACAUUAAUGAUUAAUUAUAAUUAAUGUUUAUACAAAAAAAAGGCUAUGAUUCAAUGAGCAUUUAUCAAUUUAGUAUUAAUUUCUUUACCAAACCCAAAAACCUGUAAUAAUAUUCAGCAUUGUCAUCCUAAGAUCAAAAAUGUUACACAGAGGGCCAAGGCCUCCUAUAAUACGAAAGAGGGAAAUUGUGUUAUGUACUUAAUAUGCUAUUAUAAUUUACAUUACCUAUUAUCAGUACUUAUACUCAUAAUUGUUAGCCAAAAAAUGUGCCACUGAAAUGUAAAUUCAAUUUAGUUUCAUCAUUUGAAGCGAUCAGCUAAGUGGCAACUAAGUAACCUAUAAGUUACCUAUUUUUAUGACAGCAAUUCA